AUGAAUUAUACUGUACCUGGUUCAUAUCCUAUUAAUAAUGAUAUAUUUAAUGAUAAUAUAAUACAAUCAACUGCUUCUGGUUUAAUAGAACAAGAAGAAAUGUCAAAAUUUGAAAAUCAUCAAUUUGUUAAUAUGAAGACUAAAGAUCAAUAUGAAAUAGUAUCUCAAAUUGAUUCAUUGAUAUACAUACUUUUGUUCUAUCAAUUUAUAAAAUAUUGUCAUUCAGCUAGUUUAAUUCCAUUGAUAUUACAAGUUUUAGCUCAGACUUUACUAAAUUCAAAAAUAUUAACUAAUAGAGAAAGCGCAAGUAUACUAUCUUUCUUAUUAACUGAAAGAGAUUCAAGUACUAGACAAGCUAUAAUUAAUAACUUCCUACAUAGAUAUUGCUAUUUGGUUUAUAUUAAGACCGUGUUUGUCAUAUUAUAUCAUAUAUUAUUUGUUUGCGUUUGGGAAGUUUCGUUGACAAAUACUGAUAAAUUACAAUUUUUACCCAAUGGAAGUUGGUGGUUUGUUUCAUUCAUAGGUGAGCAAGUGCCUAAUAUAACUGGUGAUAUGUCAUUUGGUACAAAAGUGAUUAAAUUGGGAUUAUUUCAACUUUUAUUCACUGAUUUAUUAAUUUUAUUCUUACAAUUAGUAUCAUAUCAAUGUAUAUUCAAACAAUCAAACGUAUUACAUAUAGAAAGAAGACUAAAUGAAGAAGAGGUCUAUAUUAUAAGAACAAAUUUAAAUGGGAAUAUAACAGUACCUGAUUCAGAAGUGACUCCAAAAGAUAAAAUACCAACAGUGUUGAAAAUACGAUUAUUUGAAACAUUAACAUCAGAAUCAUACUUAUCUUGA